CCCGCCGACAGGGACUCCUCUUCUCCUCAGCAGCGUCCCCCACCUCCUCUCCUGGCCCCACCGCCCUUUCACCCCCAACUAAAUAUAAUCUAUCAUAUGCCCUUCUUUCCCUCUCGAUUUUUAUAUUCCGACACCGCCUCCUCCCCUGCCGCCGGCGAUCUUUCCAUUCCUAUCACCCCGAUUUCCCAAUAUUAUAUUCUUACUAUAUUUUUUCACCAGCUUAAAUUCCUCGGUUCAUGGUGUCUCGCUAUGCCGACACCGGUUAGUGCCGCGCGCCAGUGCCUCGCCAGCGAUUCUGCUUCCGCCCUGGACGCCGCCGUCGCAGCGGCUCAUCGCAGAUCCCACGCUCAAACGACCUCCCUCCACGUCGUCUUUGGCCUCCUUUCCUCCACCUCCUCUUCCCCUUCCCCUUCGCUCCUCCGCGACGCUCUUACUCGUGCUCGCAGCUCAGCGUACUCGCCACGCCUCCAGUUCAAAGCUCUCGAUCUCUGCUUCAGCGUCGCUCUUGAUCGUCUGUCCUCCUCUUCGGUCUCCGAGGGUGAUGAGCCCCCGGUCUCCAACUCGCUCAUGGCGGCCAUCAAGCGCUCGCAGGCAAACCAGCGGCGCCAUCCGGAUACGUUUCAUUUGUACCAACAACAGCAGUCGGCUGCGGGGAACACGUCGCAAGCGUUUGCCGGUGUCAGGGUCGAGCUGCAGCAGCUGGUUCUCGCAAUCCUCGAUGACCCGAUUGUGAGCCGGGUGUUCGGCGAGGCGGGAUUUCGGAGCUGCGAUAUAAAGCUUGCUAUCCUGCGCCCGCCGCCACCGAUUCUUCGAUUCCCCCGCCCUGCCCGAUGCCCUCCGCUCUUCCUCUGCAAUUUCUCUGCUAGCGAAGGGUUCGGAUUUCACUUGCCGCCACACCUCGCCGCCGACGCUGGCGACGAGAACUGUCGGCGAAUCGCUGAGGUCAUUGUAAGAAAGAACGGCGCCGCCCGAAAUCCGAUGCUAGUCGGCGUUGGCGCGGCUGAGGCGGCAGGGGACUUUGUUCGAACAGUUGAGCGGCAGAAUUGGGCGGCGCUGCCUCUGGAGAUUCGCGGUGUUAGGCUUCUGAGCGUUGAGAGGGAGCUUAGCAGCGGGGAUAAGGAGGUGAUUUGUGCGAGGAUGGAGGAGUUGGGAAAAGAAACCGAUGAGCCUGGGGUUGUUGUCAGCGUUGGGGAUUUGAACGGUUUGGUGGAGGGGACUGAGGAUGCCACAAAUUGUUUGGUUUCGGAGCUGACGAAGGUUCUGGAGUUGCGCCGGGCGAGUUUGUGGGUGAUGGUGUGGUCGGCGACUUACGAGACCUACUUGAAGUUCUUGUCCCGUUAUCCGCUGGUUGAUAAGGUCUGGAACUUGGAGUUGCUGCCCAUCACUUCUCACAGAACUGGAAUGGGCGGAUUGCAGCCAAAACCUCCAAGCUUGAUGAACUCAUUUGUCCCAUUUGGCGGUUUAUUUCCGCAAGCUUUUGAAUCAAACGGAAAAUUAAAUAAUCCAUCUCAGUCAAUACCUCGUUGCCAGAUCUGUAACGAGCAGUACGAGAAAGAGGCUACAGUUUUUUUAAAGGGAAACGACACUUCACUUGAAGACCCAGAAAAAGCUGUCUUACCUUCUUGGCUGCAAAAAGCUGAUGCAGUUGGCAUCAAAGAAGGAUUUGAUCUCCCUAAGGUUAAAGAUGACAAAUUUGUUUCAAAUGCUAAAAUUAUUGACUUGCAAAAGAAGUGGAAUGAAUACUGCCAGAAUGUCCAUCGACAUUCCCAUAUAGUGGAGGCAAAAAACUACCAGGUGAUUCCUCACUUGGCUGGUAUUCCAUAUAUUUCUGAUACAGCAAAUUUCAGUAAGAGUGUCACAAACCCCAUAAUACCUAAAAGCCAAAACAACUUUGGAAAUGCAAUCUCUAUGUCAGUGAGUGGUGUGGCAAAAACCACCACUUCCAACAGCCAAAGCAUCUCAGUUCCUUUUGUUGUAAAACCUUCACACAUAGAUUUGACACCUAAUCUUCAUGACAAGCUUUCAAAAGUUGAACCAGUUUUGGCUGGAGGUUUCCAAUCUCAUCAAACUGCUCAGUCAGAUUUGGGCAUUCAGGAUGGCCAUACUUCUCCAUCUUCUGUAACCUGUGUGACAACAGAAUUGGCUUUAGGUGCUGCUAACAACUAUUUCUCUCUGGAAGGAAGAUUAGCUCCAGAGGGUUCAUCUCAGUGUUCCACACCGAGAAAGAUUAAUGAGCCUACUCAAUGUCUUUCAAGAGUUCAUUUUCAUGCUUCUUCUCCCCCUUCUUUUCACAAUACCCCUGCCAAAGGUUCUUAUAUAUUUCAAAAGUUUGAUGCAAGCAAUUAUAAGGCAUUCUAUACAAGCCUAGUAGCUAAAGUUGGUAGGCAAGAAGAAGCAUUGUGGGAGAUUAGUGAAGCCAUUAUUCAGUGCAAAACUAGAAAUGAAAAGCAUCAUGGCCCGAGCAUGAGAGGUGCCAUCUGGCUGAGUUUUCUUGGCCCUGAUAGGGCUGGAAAAAAAAUGGCAGCCCUGGCUCUUGCUGAGUUGAUAUUCGGCUGCAAAGAAGAUCUGAUCUGCAUUGAUCUUGCUUAUGAUGAUGAUAGUUUCUGCCAUGGCAGUGUUAUUGAUCAAAAAGGUUUAAAGAACUGCAACGAUAGUUUCAGGGGGAAGACGAUUAUUGAUCGCAUUGCUAUGGAGAUAAGCAAGAAGCCAUUGUCUGUUUUCCUCCUUGAAAACGUGGACAAAACUGACUUGCUAGCCCAGAACAGCUUAUCCAAUGCCAUUCGUACUGGUAAGUUUUCUGAUUCUCAUGGGAGAGAAGUUGGCAUCAAUAACUCCUUUUUUAUAACUACUGCAAAAGAUCUUCCCGGGAAGGCUCACUCCCCCAUUAAAGAGAAUAUCAGCUUUUCUGAGGAAAGGAUUUUAUCAUCUGAGCGAUGGAAAAUGAAGAUUUUGGUCGAGCCCCUCUUAGAUCAUGAGUUUUUCCACUGCAUCCCAAAUUCCAAAGUAUCAGUUAUAUCAAGACAAGAAUCCAAGAACAAUCCUGUACCUCCAUGCACAGUAUUUAUAAGCAAAAGAAAGCUGGAUUUUUCCGGUAAGCACCAAUGCCAGGAUGAAUACUCUACAUCAAUAAAAAGGCCACAUAGAAGUUCAGCCAUUGAUCUGGACUUGAAUCUUUCUGCUGAGGAGCUGGACCAAAAUGGAGACUGCAAUAGUAGCAGCGAUAACACUUCUAUAUCAGAUAAUUCUCAAGGCUGGUUAGAGGAAUUUCUUAAUCUGAUGGAUAAAACGGUUUGCUUCAAGCCCUUUGAUUUCGAUUCCCUUGUUGCUUAUGUACUGAAGGAAAUCAGUAGGGGCUUCUGCAGCAACUUUGGAUCAAAUAAUAUGCUUGAGAUUGAUGAAAAGGUCAUGGAGCAGAUUCUUGCAGCCACAUUGUUCAUGAGAAGUAAAAGCGAUUUGGGUGUUUGGAUUGCAGAAGUGCUUUGCAAGAGUCUCAGUGAGUUGAGACAGAGACAUAAGCUCCCAGAUUGUUCUGUUGUGAAGCUAGUUGCAAAUCAGGAAUUGCUGAUUGAAGAGAGAGAACUCGGUAUGUUCCUUCCUUCAAAUAUUAGUUUGGAAUGACUUCAACAGAUAGGUGUAAUUAGUUGUAAUUAUGUAUAAUCUGGCAUUAGGGUUUAUGCUGUAUUAGAAUUCUCAUCAUUUCAGCGCAUAUAGAAUAGAAUAUCCUUUUUGAGUUGCAAACAGAUGAUGGUUCACAUCCUUCACUGAGAAUAAAUGAAUAUAUGGCUUUCUGUUGUAUAUGGAAAAUCAUUUGAUUCCAUGUGAAAUGUGUUAUUGUAAGGUGGCUUAGGAAUUCUACUAGAAUUUAAUAAGAAUGCUAAGAUGAGAGGUUCUGUAGGUUUGA